GGUUCUUUGUUAAAAUGACUCAUAAGUGAGUCAGUUUCUUUCUUUUACAUGGACCUUGUUCAUUUGUCAGUCAUAAGCCUAUUGUCAUUAAAAUUGCCUCAUACUGUAUGUGAUGAGUUCUUUAUCAGGGGUCUUUAUCAACCUUACAGGAAAUGUAUCCAGCCUGUGCCAACCUGAUUAAAUUGCAAUAACUUUUGCCAGUAUACUGUCAGAUUAAGCAACCAGUUUCCAUUUUACAUUUUAGAAGAUGAAACAUCUAAAUAUAAGGAUUAGAUAAUGUUCAAAACUACACUUUGUAUAUCUUACUGUCCACUGACAGUCUAACGUGUUCUUUGGCUGGCCUUUUAAAAUUGAAAGAUGAUUGGUUGCCCCUACUAAAUGACCAAUUGCAUUUAUUUAGGAAAAGCCUUUGAUGAAACGUCAAAGAAAAGCAAUUGGAAAAAUCCAGUUUACAAUGUGCAUUAACAAAUUACUUGUAACCUACUAUUUUUUUUAUUUUAUUAUUAUUUAACUAAUUUUAAAACAUGAUUAAAUAGUUUUCAUGUCAAUUUAUGUUCACCCUUUGUUCAAUUUAUGUCCAUUUAAAACGUAGUUUCAGUUAUAAAAUUGAUCAUUUAUUGCUUCAUUUUAUUUAUAAAUGUCACUCCUAACCCUCCACAGAUUUUUGUUUGGCACAGUUAAUGGUGAGCUGUUGCCACACACAAAAGGCGGGUAGAAAAUGAAAUUUUACUAAAAAGAAAUGUUAGUGUACAUUUUUGUACAUGGUAGCAGUAAUUCAUCAAAUGAUGGAAAUGCACAUUAUAAAUGGUCAUGUAUCCAUAAUAAAAAUAUUUUACUUGAUCUGUUAAGUGCAACUCAAAUUAUCAGGUUGAACCAAUUAUAUGAAAUAAUAUUUUUAGUUUGAAAAAAUAAAAUCAGUUUAUUUGAGAAAAAUUACCUGACAAAACAUGUUUCGAGUGUAUGCAGCAGGGCUCAAGUCUGGGACAAGUGGAUUUUUUUAAAAGCACAAGUAAAAGAGGCUUUUAUGCCCAAGUAGCCUGAAUAAAAGGGCAAUAACAAAAAAUAACUAGGAAAGCACCGACAAAUUGAAAUGUGUUGACAGUAGCAAGGUUGUGCCCGUUGAGGCUCGCGCAGCCUGGCAGUGUGUGAAAGAGAGACUCAUGGAGAAAUCAAAACAAAUGAGCGCAACAGCACACACCAAAGAACUCACUGAACAAACGUACCGUGGUAAAACUUCUAAAUGUUGUGUAUGUUUAAGUUAAGAAAAGCUAUUACAUUUGCACCACAGAAUUUUUUUUUUUUUUUUUUCUAUUCUUGACAUGUAACUUUUGUACUAGAAAGUGAAUGACCGAUUUACAUUUCCAAAGGACAAGCACAUCAAGGCUUAAUAUUGAGCCCUAUGCAGAUUAAUGUCUCACUCACUUCAUCAUUUCAUGUCCAACAGGCUCUGAAAACAACAGACGAUCAGCCUUCACUUAUAGCCACACCUCUCCUCACCCGCGAGCUAAACUAACCCCAAGCACAGCCCCUCUAUCCCUGGAGCAGAGGAAGGUCUUUGUUACAUAUGAAGCAGACAGUGAAAAACAUGUCAAAGAGAUCAUCAAUUUUGUCGCCCUACUGAGACACAACGGUUUCUACACUCACAUUGACAUGUUUGAACAACAGUUCAAGAGCAUAAGCAAGAUCGACUUCAUGGAGAGAUACAUCAGCGAAAAAGACUAUCUGAUCAUCAUAGUCAUUAGUCCAAAGUAUCACGAGAUUGUGACCAAUGCCUCGUUUUUCAUGGAAAAUGAUGAAACACUCAACACUGUCUACAUACACAAGCAGUUACAAAACGAGUUCAUUCAGAACGGUGCCAGGAAUUACAGAUUCAUCCCCAUCUUGUUUCCCGGUGCUAAGAAGUGCCACGUACCUUCAUGGCUUCAAAGCACACAAAUCUUCACCUGGCCCAGAGACCGUGAUGAUAUUCUUCGUCGACUCAUGCGUGUUGAGAAGUACAACCCUCCACCCAUAGGAGAGCUGCCCACCAUUGUUUCCAUCCCCAUUUAGUUGGUUAGGUUUGUUUCUGUAUGUAGACCCAUGAUAUGUCAGUUUUAAACAGGCCUGGUAUCCGUUUUAAGUUUGUUUGCCCCCCUGAGCAACUAGAUGAGUGUUUAGUAUGUUAAAAUCCCUAAAGCUACAGUUAUUUGAGUAAUCUUUAUAGAAACCUCAUGUCAUAAUUAAUAUUUCACAACUCAUCAAUGAUAAAUAAGUCAGAAUGUGUCCAGACAUGUAGAAGAACUGCAAAUGCGAAUUACAUAUGUAUUAAGUUCAUGAGUUAGUUUGAGUGCUAUGAUUUUUGGAAGUUAGCUCAUUCUUUACUUUGUAUUAAGCUGAAUCGAAUUAUAAUUUGAGGGGCAAAAAAGAUCCAUUGUCAAUUGUGUAGUGAUGUGCUUCCACAGAAGUUACUUUCAAAACAAGCAGUUUUCUGUUGGUCAUUGACACAAAUCCAUUCGGCCAACUGAAACUCAUUGUGAAAUCUGCAUGGGGAAAUCUUUUGCUCCAUGCCAAGUUCUUGAUCUUGUGGAUUUCUAUUGAAAUAAAAAAAAUUUCCGCAAACAUUCAACAAACAAUGAUGAAUGUGACCACACCUUUGGACUUAAUGAAACUUUACUUUACUCACUAUAGUAGACCAGUAAUCUUCAAAGACACAAAUCUUUUCAUCAUUCUUCUUUGCUGUUGUGUGAACCUGAAAGAAGCCAGUACUACAAUAUCUUCACACACUGUACAGAGUUAAUUAUAACAAACCUCUUCUGCAUUGUGCCUUAGAAUUUCCCUUUGAGGCAUUAGAAUUGUGCCAGAAGAAAAAAAAACUUUCAUGUUGUGAACUUCACAUGGAGAUUUCAUCGUCAUUCGUGUUCUUAGAUAAUCAUAGUCUGUUUUUAAUAAAUAUAAACCCUUUUAAUAAAUGAAAUAAUCUGGAUGGUUUGUUAUAUAACUUGUACAAGAAUAGACAUCAGGGCUUUGAGGGACGAAAGUAUAACUCAUCUCAACUCAACCUUUUUAUAGAGCAUAUUUAAAAACAGUAGGCAUUAAACCAAAUGCUUUACUGUACAAAUUCAGUCAGAAUAAGUACGCUCACAGAAUAAUAUACAAGUACCAGUACAUAAAAGCAAAAAUGAUAGGAAUAGAAAAAGACCUUUUCAAUAAAAAAAGGGUGAUCUUACAUUAAGCAUUGGGAGAUUAUUCCAAAGUUGAGGGCCUACUAUAGAAAUGCAUGUACAGUUUAGUGUAGCAUGUUAUUGAAUGCACUGGUGGUGUUGGUUCAAUCAAAGAAACUGAAUUAAGUUGAAGAUGCUUGAAAUUUUAAUCAAUUAGGUGUGUGUGUGUGUGUGAGUGAGUGCAUGUUUAUGUAAUUGCAGUUGCCUAUUAAAAAAAGGUUGAAUGCUG